GCCGCAGCGCCAUCGAUGGGGUCCGGCGGCAGCCGCCGCGCGCCGGGGGUGCGGACGCUGCUGCUGCUGCUGCUGCUGCUGCUGCUGCUGCCCGCCCCGGCCGCUGCCCUGCCCCUGCCCGACGUGGAUGAAUGUGCCCUGGGGUUUGAUGACUGCCACCCAGAUGCUAUUUGUCAAAACACCCCGAAACUGUACAAGUGCAUGUGCAAAGUGGGUUACACAGGUGAAGGAAAGAAAUGUGAAGACAUUGAUGAAUGUGAUAAUGACUUCAAUGGAGGCUGUGUCCACGAGUGUUUCAACAUUCCAGGAAACUACCGCUGCACUUGCUACGAUGGAUUUAUGUUGGCUCAUGAUGGCCACAACUGCCUGGAUACAGAUGAAUGCAUGUUCAACAACGGAGGUUGCCAGCACGUUUGUGUCAACACCGUGGGGAGCUAUGAGUGCCGCUGUAAGGAGGGGUUCUUUCUGAGUGACAACCAACACACAUGCAUCCACCGCUCAGAAGAAGGAUGAGCUGCAUUGAAUAAAGAUCAUGGCUGUGCCACAAUCUGCAGAGAAACACCCAAAGGAGGAGUUGCCUGUGAAUGUCGACCAGGAUUUGAACUGUCCAAGAAGAGGAGCUGCAUUUUAACAUGUAAUCAUGGAAAUGGUGGCUGUCAACAUACAUGUGAUGAUGCUGAUAAUGGGCCCUAUUUGGGAUGAUCACCCAAGUACAUCAUGCAUGUGGAUGGGAAAACCUGCCUGGAGAGGGAAGAUGCUGUUGUUGAAAUUUCAGAGGGAAACACUACAGCAGGAGCUGAUGUGGACAAGAGGGUGAAGCGACGGUUGCUUAUGGAAACAUGUGCAGUGAAUAAUGGUGGCUGUGAUCGUACCUGUAAAGAUACAUCCACUGGAGUUCACUGCAGUUGUCCUGUUGGAUUCACUCUCCAGUUUGAUGGGAAGACGUGUAAAGAUAUUGAUGAAUGCCAGUCCAAUAAUGGAGGCUGUGAUCAUUUCUGUAAAAACACUGUUGGCAGUUUUAUUGCAGCUUGCAGAAAAGGAUUUAAGUUAUUAACAGAUGAGAAGUCUUGUCAAGACAUUGAUGAAUGCUCUUUUGAACGGACGUGCGACCACACGUGCAUCAAUCAUCCAGGCACCUUUGAGUGUACUUGUAACAAAGGAUAUGCUCUCUAUGGCUUCACACAUUGUGGAGAUAUUAAUGAAUGUAGUGUCAACAAUGGGGGUUGCCAACAGCUGUGUGUGAACACGCUGGGAGACUACGAAUGCCUGUGUCACUCUAACUACAAAUUACACUGGAAUAAAAAGGACUGUGUUGAGACAAAGGGUCCCUUGCCAGAUAAUAUGUCACCCAAGGUACUGCUGCACUGCACCAAGAGUGGUGGGAGCAAUAGAUGCUUCUUAAGCUGCUCUUCCGAUGUCCAGGUAUUUUCUGGAACACAAGAUGCCUACACCCUCACCUGUGGCAGGUCAUCUCAGAUUAAGAAAAAGCAGCAAAAUACAAACACAUCCAACUGGCUGGAUACUUCAGCCAUCAAGAUAAGUGUAACCUUUAAAUUAAAUGAAGGAAAAUGUAGCUUGAAAAAGACUGAGAUGUUUCAAGAAGGUCUUGAACAGAUGAUACCAGAGAGACAAAAUUCGGUACUGGAGAGCUUCCACUAUGUAAACCUAACAUGCAGCUCUGGCAAGAAAGUUCACGGAGCCCUCAGUAGAAUGACAGCAACUAAAGAAAUUUUUAUCACUGCGGACUUUGAGCUCGAAACAAGCCAAAAGGAGGUGACAGACACGUGUGAUGUGCGCUGUGCUCGGAAAAAGACUGAGAAGAGAUUCCGUAAGACCAUCCGAACCCUUCGGAAGACGGUGAGCAGGGACCAGUUCCGCAUCCGGGUCUCUGGCAUGGACCACGAGGUGGCCAGAAAGUCUCUCAAGAUGUCAGAACCACAGCAGUCGUGUGGUGUAGGACAGAUGCAUGUGGGUAACAGAUGUGAUCAGUGCUCACCAGGUGAAUAUUCUUCUGAUGGCUUCAAACCCUGUCUGCCAUGUCCCCUUGGAACAUACCAGCCUGAAGCUGGGAGAGUAUCCUGCUUUCCCUGUGGAGGAGGUCUAACAACAAGACAUAGCAGUGCAUCCUUGUUUCAGGACUGUGAGACCAAAGUUCAGUGUUCACCUGGCCAUUUUUACAACACCACUACUCAUCGGUGUAUUCGCUGCGCAGUCGGGACCUACCAGCCUGAGUUUGGACAAAAUUACUGCAUUGCGUGCCCUGGAAACACCACUACUGAUUUUGAUGGGUCAACAAAUAUAACACAGUGCAAAAAUAGACAGUGUGGAGGUGAACUGGGAGAUUACACUGGAUAUAUUGAAUCACCAAACUACCCUGGGGACUAUCCUGCAAACACUGAGUGCACUUGGAAUAUUAACCCACCACCAAAGCGCCGUAUUCUGAUUGUGGUUCCAGAAAUAUUUUUACCAAUAGAAGAUGAAUGUGGAGACUACCUGGUGAUGAGAAAGAGCUCUUCUUCCAAUUCAGUGACCACAUAUGAAACCUGUCAAACCUACGAACGCCCUAUAGCUUUCACUUCAAGGUCUAAGAAGUUGUGGAUCCAGUUCAAGUCUAAUGAAGGGAAUAGUGCCAGAGGAUUCCAAGUUCCUUAUGUGACAUAUGAUGAGGAUUACCAAGAACUAAUAGAAGACAUUGUUCGGGAUGGUAGACUUUAUGCAUCUGAAAAUCAUCAAGAAAUACUUAAGGACAAGAAACUGAUAAAAGCACUGUUUGAUGUGUUGGCACAUCCACAGAACUACUUCAAGUACACAGCCCAAGAGUCAAGAGAGAUGUUCCCAAGAUCCUUCAUCCGACUGCUGCGCUCUAAAGUUUCCAGAUUUUUGAGGCCUUACAAAUAG